CUGAGGGGGUUGAUUUCACACACCACAUGUAUGUCCCAGAGAAAGACGGCCUCAACUACCUUCACAGAAGAGAAGAUCAUUGCCAUCUCCUCAAGAGAAUUGCUGGUCACCUCAGAAAAGAGCCUCCCCGGUGGUUUGACCACCAUGCUCUCGAAGAAGCGCUCCAUCCGCAAGAUGGUGAGCCCAAGCCAGGGCUAACAGAGGCAGCCCUGUUUGGUUUCCGAAAGCAGUCUGUCACCGAUGCAGAGAUCUUGCUGUCCUACAACAUGGUCAGGUUUCUCCGACACAGAGGGUAUCACCGGGAAGCAUGCUAUAUCGAAGUCGUUGCUGGAUGGCAUGAAGCAGCUGAUGGCCGAGGGCUUUCAGAGGAAGAGAGGAAGGAGAAGAACACAGCCAUGAUGGACAUGAUCCUUGAUGAGCUGAUGCCAUAUCACCGUUCCCCCCCAUGGCGCCGUUACCCCCCAGACUUCUCAACUCUUGACAUCAACAGGUUCGGUCGAGGAGUACUUGGGUGGAGCCGAGAAACCCUCAUCGCGGUCACAACAAAUAUCGAGUCAAUGGAGCUGCGGAGAAGUGAGAGUGCGACAAUUGGCUAUGAAGAGCAUCCAAGAGCGAGCACGACAGACGAUGUAGAGUGUUUCUUUGCUGGACUUCACCGACACAUGGGAAACACCUUUACCCUCAAGGAGUUGCAUGCUCGAUGGCCUACAGAAGUCAGGGAAUUCUCAAAGAGAAUUGACCCGGACCUGCCUUUCUACUACUGGACAAUCAGUGAGAGGUUCAGGGAAGCAGAAGACACUUACCCAUCCUUCAAUGAUGACCCUGAGGAUGGUCGUCUGCGCCUCCACCGACUGCGCACUUGUAGAAGGGAAGACGCUUCGAUUUUCACAACUGCAAGGGGUGUCCUGCCGGUCAGGAACAGGGGGACCAUCAGGCAGAUACUGCACAGACCAGAAGUGCCACUGCCUGAGGUCCCAAAUAGCUUGCCACCUGUUUAGAAGAUUACUUUUAAACUGUUAUAUCCACAUCCAGGGUUGGACAAGUCCAAAAGUUUUAUUGUCCUAGCCAAGUGAAAGUGCUGAUUGGGCAAGCUCAUGUCCUACCCCACUUGCCCGAUUUUUUGAUGAGUGAGAUUUUGAUAUAAAUGUACUUUUUAGUCAUGGUACCAAGCAUUGUUUGUUUUUUUACAGAAGAAAGUGCCUGUAGCCACUUGUUUCCACCUGUCACCACUGUUGUAUAUAUCUAAGUCUUUUAUUUUAUGUAUGUUUACUUUUUAUUCUGUAUAUGUAUACUUGUAAAAGAUGCUAUUUUGUUGUAAGUGAGGAAAGAAGAGAACUCGGGUAUAGACAUUGUUGCAAGUGUUAUACAGGUAUUGACCUUAUAUGACAAUCAGUUUUUGAUCUUGAGACCACAGGUAUAUAUAGACAUUGUCGCAAGUGUUAUACAGGUUUUUGCCUAGUUAUGCUUUGAAGUAUCCUUCUGUCAAACUAGUUAUUGUAUAUAUGAGGCAAGCACUGCGGAUAUUGUUUUCUUCAGAACCUUUAGUUUUAUUGCUGAAUGUAUACUUAAAAGAUGCUAUUUUGUUGCAAGUCAAGAAAGAAGAGAACUCAGGUAUAUACAUUGUUGCAAGUGUUAUACUAGUUAUUGUAACUAGUUAUUGUAACUGUCAAACUAGUUAUUGAACUUAUGAGGCAUGCUCUUCAGAUUUUGUUUUCUUCAGAACCUUAAGUUUUAUUACUCAAUGAUACUCAUAAAAGAUGUUAUUUUGUUGCAAGUCAGGAAAGAGGAGAACAUGUAUAGACAUAGUCCUAAGUGUUAUACGGGUUCUGACCUUAUAAGAUAUCAGUUUUUGCCUUUCUCCCAGCAACCAACUGCCUAAUCCAACCAGCGACCACUUUUUUUUGCAGUCGCAAUGUGGUAUCGCCCUCCACUAAUAAUAUAGUGAGUCAGG